UAUAGAGGUGAGGGAGGAUUUGUGAAUGUGGAUCACUGAUAUCUGGGACUGUCUGCCUACCGGCUUAGCAUCUCCUGGACUAGACCGGUCAGUCACCCAGUCAAACCAUGAAGGUCUGGACCUCAGAACACGUCUUCAACCACCCUUGGGAGACGGUGAUCAACGCUGCUAUGCAGAAGUACCCCAACCCCAUGAACCCCAGCGUGAUCGGGGUGGAUGUUCUGGACAGAAACGUUGACAGACAGGGACGUCUCCACAGUAAAAGACUGCUCAGCACAGAGUGGGGUCUUCCAUCCAUCGUGAAAUCUCUCAUUGGAAACGCAAGGACAUACACUUAUAUAAAGGAGCAGUCGGUGGUGGAUCCCAGAGAGAAGACUUUUGAACUUCAGUCCACAAAUAUCACUUUCACAAACAUGGUGUCUGUGGAUGAAAGGUUAACCUACAAACCACAUCCUGAAAAUCCAGAGAAAACAGUACUGACUCAAGAAGCAAUCAUCUCUGUGCAAGGGGUCAGUCUCAGCAGUUAUCUGGAAGGAGUUAUGGCCAGUUCCAUCUCUGCUAAUGCUGGAAAGGGCCGUGAAGCUAUGGAAUGGGUCAUCAGGCGACUGAAUGCAGAAAUCGAGGAGCUUGCAGCCACAGCACGCGUGACCAUUCGUGCCCCGAUGGCUGCUGUGACCACUGAGAAAUGACACCCACCUUUAGCUCAGCUGAGUCUGAGAGACACUGCACAUCUGUACAACCAGCCUCCUGUUAUGAUGCCCUGGUGCUGUUGUGGUGCACCGGGGUUUCUGUAUUAUUUAAGGGUAUUCUCAUUUACUUUAUCUACAUUAGAUACACCUAUGUUCAAGGCAGCAGAAUGCAGCAUAAGGAGCUUCUGAUGAAUGUUUUCAGGGUGGGGCCUGCGGUGACUGGAAACUCAAGGGUGAGGCGUGGUUAGGAUACUCAGGGAGAAGUUUAAACACCCCUGUCAUAAAUGGAUUUCGAGGCAUUUAGUUUUUGCCGGAAGCCAUCAGAGGCACUGGAUAAACCAGUAACACAGAAGAAGUGCCAAAGCAGAAACUGCGUUUUCGUCCAGCCUCUAACUCGUACCUUUUGCCAGCUGUUCUUUCAGAAUGCCAGCAGGUUGUUUCUUGUAUGAAUUGUGUCUUCACCAAAAACAAAAAAUAGAAAAGAAAAACCAAAAAACAGCAAGAAGCAUCAGGACAUCUGAAUGCUUUUACUGAGAUAUGAAGGCAGAGACCGGCUUGUCAUGACAGGGAUCAAUGCUUUGUAUGUGAAAUAUACAUGUAAAAGACUACAUUAGGUAGACAUUAGAUUAGAUGGAUGGGUUAUCCACUUGUGAAGUUUAUUUGUGCAUUAGAGACAUCUCAACAUUAUAUUAUUAGUAUUAAUAUUAUUAUUAUUUAAUGAGGGACCUCAGUAAUAUCAAGAAUUUCUGUACCAGGUAUUAUCCAAAGCCUGAUUCUAAAAUGAUUGUUGUACAUAUUUUUGUUAUGGUAUUUAAAUUUAAUGAAGGGAUCAAUGUACUUGCCAUAUUUAUGUUUUUGAAGUAACGCGAAGGCCUUCUCAAAUGCUCAAUUUCUGUAACAGCCAUAAAUCUGUAUGAUGUGAUUUUUAAAUUAUGCGCUGAACUUAGACCAGUUUCCUGACCUUGAGCAGUUUUAUCAGCACAUAAUCCUGUUGGUGUUCUUUUCACUGUAAAAGUCUUCACACUGGGUUAGAAAACAAUGUAUUUGAACCAAGAAAAGCUGCUACACAUGAAGCUGAUAUAACUGCUUUACUGAUUGCAAUGUAUUUGAGAGGGUCUUCCUUCGUACUCGUACUGCACUAGUUUCUUUAAUGUGUGUGUGUGUGUGUGUGUACACGUGUGUGUGUGUACGUAUGUGUGUAUGUAUAUAUAUGUACACACAUAUAUAUUUAACCUGUAUCAGGAGUAUUUAUUUAGGAAAAUGCUUUGUUUUGAAUGAGUGAGUCAUGAGCUUUGGUGACCUUUUUAAAAGUGUGAUAUCACACGCUACAUGAAAAAUGUUAUUUUAGUUUUGUCUGGGUGCCUGUGAAACUUCACUGGUCGAACACAAACGGCAAUAAAAUAAGAGCAUUUUAACCUGG